CAGGCAUUAGAUACCAUGUUCACUCAUCUGGAAUGUCCAUAUUUCUUCAUUGAAACCGAUGUGUUGGUUGGUAGUAGAGUGGUAGACAAACACAAGUAUUGUUUACUAGAGAUGCAGGAAUGUUUUGAGACCUACUGUAUGAGGAAAGACCAAGCUGAACAGAGUUUAGAAGAAAUCAAGGUAUCAAGUAAACAACAAUCACUUGGUGAUGGUGGAAGCUUUCCUAUACAAUGUAGUGAAGAACAGAAAUUAGAUCUGUGCCAAAAGUUAUAUAAACUAAUUUUCCAACUAGUUAUGCUGUUUGAAAGUUACAUCAAGCUACUAGAUUGUUUCAAACUUGUACAGACAGCCUCACAGGUAAACAUCCUAAAGAUUCUCUGAUUUAUAUUCUGAUGUUCUUUUAGCUCACCUGAGCAUCAAGUACUCAUUGCAAUUUGUCUGUUGUUCUCAACAAUUCAUAUAACAACAUUUACUUAAACAAUGUGUGAAUUUUGACCUAAAGGAAUGAUCCUUAAAUGACCCUGUACAAAAGUUAUAUAUAAAUGAUGCCAGUCCGAUGCACAAGUAUGUCACAUGAGCU